CCUUCGAGCACCGUCGAGCAGCUACGCUCACGUUCGGCCCCGUGGACAGGCACAGCCAGCGCUCGCUGCUCGCCGCGCCCUGCGCAGCCACCGCCACUUGCUCUUAUCCUGCGGACGACAGACCCAAUGGCGGACACCUCUAGCGACCAGCAGAAGCCCCAGGCCGGCCCCGCGACGCUGGCCAAGCAGCUCGUGGCGGACACCGUCGCCGCCAUGGCCGCGUCGCUGGGCGUCGCGCCCUUCAUCACCAUCGUGGACCGCGCCAUCAUCGAGAACGCCAGCGGCGCGCGGCCGCUGGGCCGCGGGCUCAAGGAGCUGAGCGUCGAGUUCCUCAAGCACCCGCUGCGCUUCGUGGGCAAGCGCGAGUUCCACCUCAUCUUCGGGCUCUACACGGCCACGUACGUGACGGCCAACGUCGUGGACUCGGUCUGCGAGUACGCCGAGGCGGACAACCAGAUGCCCAAGUUCAUCGGCACCACGGCCGUCAACAUGUCGCUCUGCAUCGCCAAGGACCGCGCCUUCGCGCGCAUGUUCGGCGUCAUCGCGCCCGCCGCCUUCCCGCUCACGUCCAUCGGCCUCUUCGCCGUGCGCGACUCCAUGACGUGCGGCGCGUCCUUCAACGCCCCCAAGGUGCUGGCCAAGAAGAUCGAGGACAACGGCCUCAUGGAGAAGGGCAACGCCAGCACCUUCGCGCAGCUUGUGUGCCCCGCGGCCGUGCAGUUCCUGUCCACGCCGCUGCACCUGAUGGGCCUCGACCUGUACAACAACAAGGGCCACGCCAUGGCGCAGCGCGUGAGCUUCGUCCAGCGCGAGUACGUCAAGUCCGUGUUUGCUCGCGUCGGCCGCAUCGGACCUGCCUUUGGUAUCGGAGGCGUGGGCAACACCUACUUCCGCAACUCGCUCCGCGCCAAGCUGGAAUAG